AUGGCCUCACCAGAGUCGCUCAGCUUGGAAAGGUCCAUGAAUCAGUUCCGACGUGAGCUUACCGAUGACCAACAGAAAGAGAUCAGCGGUGCGAACCGGAAAUCCAUCGAUCAUGAGAUUCAAAAGAUGCAGGCGAAACUUGGGCGUGAAAAAAACCUCUGUAGGUUGGGCAGAAUCGAAAGGUUUCUCGACGCGAUGAAACACAUCGAGAAACUUGUAACAAUAUUCCUCAACGUGAGCGAAGCAGUGGCCUUUAUCUGGGGCCCAAUCAAACUUGUUCUUAUGGCGGCUUCGGCAUGGACGGGUUGUAUCAGAAAGCUUCUCGAUGUUUAUGAGGAGAUCGCUGAUUCACUUGACAAUUUGACCUUCUUCCAAAACCUAAUCAAAAGCGACACGAGACUCAGUGGGGUGUUGGAAGAUUACUUCUCUGACAUUCUUCUCUUUCAUCACUCUAUUUUGGACUUCUUCUCCCGGCCAGGCAAAUUCCAAUGGGCCUGGGGUGACUUCCGGCGGAAGGUCAAGCCGACCAUUGAAAGCCUGAAGAAGAAGCAAGAAUUGCUGUCAGAUACCAAGCUUCAACCGCAUGCGAUCCUCAAGGAGAUACAAAACUCUGGUCUGUACGCCAAAGGUCAGUUCGAGCAGAUCAACUCUGGCCUUGAGGGAAUGAUUCAUUCCGAACAGACCAGAAGUCAGAUCCUGCACGAGAAAGAAAUUAAAUCGUUUUUGGAAAGAAAGCUGAACGUUUCUUUACCACAAAUAAAAGCUCAGCUACAGCUUCCAGAUACACUUAUCGGAUCCUCUGGCAACUGGGUUUUAUUUGAUGAUGCCUAUAAAUCUUGGGAAGCCAAUACGUCACAGCAGGGCUCUGUACUGUUCUUGACCGGGUGCCCCGGGGCUGGCAAGUCUACUCUAGCAAGAACAAUAAUUCAUCAGUUGAAGCGAAAAUCUCCUCAACAGUCCUUAUCGCGGCCCUUGUUGACUUACUUCUUUUUCAAGCACAACGAUGUGGAUCGAAGAUCGACUCGCUCCAUGCUAUGCCAUAUCAUCACCCAGAUAAUCAACAGAGACGAAGCGAUGAUGAAGUUUGCCUACGAUCAGUGCUCUUCCAUGGACUACCUGGAUGAUUCCGUCCUCAAGGGUCUGGCCUUGGAUUGCAUUUUGUCACGAAGACAAAAUAUCAUCGUAAUUGACGGCCUGGAUGAGGCCACGGAUGGCGAGGCUGAACAUGCUAUCAAAUGGUGUCUGGUAGAGCUCAUUCGAACAGCCUCGUCGAGGGGCUGUUCUGUCCGACUUUUGCUCUGUGGACAGGAAGAUGGGAAAAUCGAGCCCCUUCUGUCGUCGUACCCACAGAUCCGACUUCACGACGUAAAUGACCAUCAUAAGGAUAUCGGGGAGUAUUGCAAAGCUCAAGCCUCCAUGCUUGGUCAGAGAUUUCGUCUUACGGCCGAUGACAAAAGAGCAUUGAUAUUCAAGGUUACAAGAGCUUCAGCCGGAAUGUUUCUGUACACGAAGGUUGUGUUGGCAAACCUAGCAUCGAUGGGCUCAAAAAAGGAGUACAAAGCCGAGUUAACAAGCGAUCAAUUUCCACGCAACUUAGAUGAAGCUUACGGGCGUAUCGUCGAGCGUGUUAUAAACGCUGCAGAGCCCUCUGCUCAGGCAAGUGCUAAGAAGAUCCUUGGCUUGCUGGUGUCCUCUGAGAGGCCACUUCGAUGGCGCGAAAUACAGUCCAGAUUUUGUAUCAAUGCGGAUGAAGCAUAUUGCGACCCAGACGAUCUCCGGGCAGAUACUUGUAAGCAGCUCUGUAGCUCGCUAGUAAAUGCUACGGAUUGUGAGAUUUUCCCUGGUGUCAAGUCAGAACAAUUCAUCACGAUGAUCCACGAGACGACAAGCAAGUAUCUUGUACGUAUUGGUACGAUCGACCUGUUCCAGGAACAUAUUGAUAUGUCGCUCUUUUGCUCCCGAUAUCUCUCUUCCAGGCCAUUCACUACUACUGAGGAUGGUUACAUCGAAGAAGCCGUUCAGUCCGGCUACUUUGCCUUUUUGGACUACGCUGCCAUGUACUAUCAGUCACACCUGCAGAAAGCUGAACAUUCUGAAUUCGAUAUGGCAUCAGCCCAAAGUUUUGCUCAGUCGAUCGAUGGGGCCAAAGACGCCCUAUCAGAUUUAGAGAAAGCAUACAACAACAUCAUCUCAGGCGACAUAUCUCAGGAAAGUCCCUCCAACCAAACCAGUAAAACCCUUCAUCUGGCCAUACAAGAUAAAGUACUUGCAAUAAGGAACAUCGUUGACACGCAACGAGAUAAACUGUCUGAAGACGCGGAUUUCCAAGACCUUGAAGGUCUGAAGAGACAUAAGUGCCCCAGAAUAUCGUGCUCCAAGUUCUCUGUUGGAUUUUCAAAUCUAGGCGCCCUACAACUCCAUCUCGAUGGCCACGAGCGCUCUUUCCGAUGUAAUCACGAGAGGUGUUUUUUCCACAUUGUUGGCUUUUCCUCAGAACGAGGAUUGCAAAACCACAUUCGUUCAUCUCAUAGCGAUAACUCGCAAUCUAUCAUUACAUUCCCCACUAGCAGAAGGACUAGCAAAUUGGACAUUACCGAUGCUUGCAGAUCGGGAGAUCUUCAGAAGGUGAAAUUAUUUCACUCCAUAGGCGCUGGCCUUCUCGGCCAUGAUCCCCAUAUCUCGCCUCUGAGGGUUGCCUUGGAAGCUGGUCAUGGCCACAUCUGCAAAUACCUCAUUCACAACAGGGUCGAUCCUUUUCAGGCACACAACAGAAAAACUUCCUAUGAGGAGUCGCCCAUCCACCUUGCCAUCCACAGGAAGGACUUUGAUAUGUUGGAGCUUUUCCUACCUCAUCGCACAAACGUUCCCGUUGCGACCGAUCUUCUGAGUUGCGUGCAGGACAUCCUGACAAACUACCCACCUGCGGUAGCCCUCUUGCUCAGGCUGUCUGGAAUAGAAGAAAUCUUGCGAUACAAGGAGGCAAUAAACUUAGUGAUAGCAGACGAGUUAGCGACCUUGUUCGGCACCUGGGGGAAAGAAGCCAAAUCCUUCCCAGGUGGUCUGAGUAGCUACCACCACUCUAACGAUACCAAGCCCUUACACAAACAUUUUUUCGAACUCUUUCCAAAACUUUACGAUGAAAAAGGCACAUUUUCGCACAAAGACGUCGACCUCUUCAGCAGAAAUGAGAAGGGUCGAACUUUCUUUGCGGAACUAUGCAGGCGCGGCAUCGACAUUCAUUCGAACAAGGAAAUGCUUGAGUUGCUUUUCAACGCAGACUCAACGCUUGCGUGGACAGCUGACGAGUCUACAGAGAGUAAGAUUCUUGUUGCAGCUUCCUGA